AAGGCCGUCCAGUCAGAGGGCACAUACCCGAUCUAUCAGCUUCCCUUGCGCCCAUGCACGACUUUUCUCCGGGAGAGGCGAGCGCAACUUGGGAUGAGGGCUGCGAUUUCAGAAGAAGUUGCGUCCCGUCUGAAAGGGAGAACAACUCUCCAUUUCCCCCGAUCUCGUGAAGCAGCUGAAGUGAGAGAAGAUGAAGAAAUCCGAAGCGCUCGCGGGGGAGGGAAGACAAAAACAAAACAAAACCACAAAACACAAAUCCCGUCUCCAUACGACGCGCCUCGUUUUUGCAAUCUCCAGAUCGUUGCGCGCAGCUGCAACGAAACCUGUCGCGCGUUGUUGUCUUGCAAGGGAAGCGCUGCGGACUUCCGACGUGCUCCUCCAGAAAAGGAUGGCCAGAAAAAGCGACGCGAGGGCCGGCCCCGUGGGGCUGAGCGUGGGUCUCGCCCUCCUGCAGCUCCUCGGAGGGGGGGUCACCGCCGCGACGCUGAAGGGCAGCGCUUACCAGGGGCUGCUGGUCGCCAUUCACCCCUCCGUUCCCCAAGAGGCGAAAAUCGUCUCCAGCCUUAAGGAAAUGAUUACUGAAGCUUCCUUCUACUUGUUCAAUGCUACACAAGGAAGGGUUCAUUUUGGGAGUGUCAAAAUUUUAAUACCUGCAACAUGGGAAGAAACAAUUACGCAAAAGCCAAUGCAAGAGGCGUACACAAAGGCAGAUGUCAUUGUUGCUCCUCCUUAUUGGAAACAUGGAUACGAUCCAUACACAUUGCAAUAUGGAGGGUGUGGAGAAAAGGGAAAAUACAUACAUUUCACCCCUGACUUCCUGGUAAAUAAUGAUUCGAUUGGAAUCUAUGGACCACACGGCAGGCUUUUCGUCCACGAGUGGGCCCACCUUCGGUGGGGGGUAUUUGAUGAAUAUGACAGUGAAAAGCCUUUCUACAUAUCGAGUCAAAACCAGGUGAAAGCCACCAGGUGUUCUUCUGACCUAACGGGAAUUUAUGUCUGCGAGAAAGAAUCCUGCACUGAAGGCAGCUGUGUCAUUGACCAGGCAACAGGACUCUUAAAAGAAGGGUGCACUUUUAUACACGACAAGGAGCAAAAUGCAUCAUCUUCCAUAAUGUACAUGCAAAGCUUAUCUUCUGUGUUUGAAUUCUGUGACUCAAGCAACCAUAACGCUGAAGCUCUCAAUGCCCAGAACAGCAUGUGCAGUUACAAGAGCACAUGGGAUGUCAUCAUGAGCUCUGAUGACUUUAAAUCCGAUAUUCCUCUGACCAGCAAAAACAGUCCUUUGCCCCCAACCUUCUCACUUUUACAAGCGACAGACAGAGUGAUCUGUUUAGUCUUGGAUUUUUCCAGCAGCAUGGAUGAGAACAAUCGAAUCAUUCGGAUGCGUCAGGCAGUAGAAGUGUAUCUACUGCAAAUUGUGGAAGAGAACUCCUACGUUGGGAUUGUCACAUUCAGUGAAGGAGGAGAAGUAAAAUCUCAGAUCCGGCAAGUAACGAGUGCUGAUAUACGGAAGCAGCUUGCUUCCGACUUGCCAGUUGCUUCAUACGGCGACAGAGCAAAUGUUUGCACGGGUGUACAGCUGGCACUGCAGGUAAUUAAAAAACAUGAUGAAAGUGUUUCUGGUUCUGGAAUCAUCUUAUUGACCAGUGGAGGCGACAGUUCACUUAGCAAGUGUUUCUCUGAUGUCAUUGACGCUGGCUUAAUCAUUCAUACCAUCGCUCUGGGGCAGUCUGCAUCCCAAGAACUGGAACAACUGGGCAAAAUGACAGGGGGGCUGAGUUUUUUUGUCACUGAUAGACAAGAUUCAACUGGUCUAAUAGACGUCUUCAGUGCCAUUGUAGCAAGUGAUGGAGAUACCAGCCACCAGCCUGUCCAGAUUGAAAGCGUGGCUGAAAGGGUGAAGGGCAAUGGUCAGAUUGAAAGGUCGACGAUUAUUGACAGCACAGUAGGAAACGACACAUUUUUUGUAGUGACGUGGUUGGCAAAGGAACCCAGGAUCGUUCUUCAUGGCCCUAGAGGAGAACACUUUACAAAUGGGGAAUUUGAUGUCGAUCCACUUUUGUGCACCGCUCGCCUGCAGAUUCCGGGGAUUGCUGAGGCUGGGGAUUGGACAUACUUACUCACUAACUCUCAUGGGCUCCCUGAAGUCCUCACAAUGACCGUGACCUCGCGAGCCGUAAAGUCUGACGUGUCUACCAUCACCGUGAGAACCCACACGAAUAAAGAUACAAACGCCUACCCAAGUCCAAUGAUUGUGUACGCACAGGUUAAUCAAGGCUUCUCUCCCAUUCUUGGUGCAAAUGUGACUGCCAUUAUUGAGCCAGAGAGUGGCGAUCCAAUUAUCUUGGACCUUUUCGACAAUGGUGCAGGUGCAGAUACGAUAAAAAACGAUGGUGUGUAUUCUAAAUACCUCUUUUCUUUCGCAAGAAACGGAAGAUAUAGCUUGAAAGUCCGCGUCCAGAGGGACAGCCAGACAAUUAGCCCAUACCCUGCAAUACUCUGGAGCCCUGCAAUGUAUAUUCCUGGUUACAUAACAAAUGGUACAAUCCAGAUGAAUGCACCGAGGCCGUUGAUGAAUAGUGAAGAUUCGCACAUCAGCUCUGGGGGCUUCAGCAGAAUAGCUGCUGGGAGUGCUUUCACCAUAUCUGGAGUUCCCACUGGCCCCUAUAAGGAUGUGUUCCCACCAUGCAAAAUUACUGAUUUGGAUGCCAGAACAGAAGAGGACAAAAUUGUUUUAACCUGGACAGCUCCAGGGGGUGACUUUGACCAGGGACAAGCUGCAAGAUACGAAGUGAGAAUAAGCCAAAGUUCUCUGGAACUGAGGGAAGAAUUUGAAAACGCUGUACCCAUAAAUACCUCCAGCUUGGCACCUCAGCCAGCAGGUUCCAAGGAAAUGUUUGUGUUUAAACCAGAAGCCUCGGCAAACGUCACCCUAAUUUACAUGGGCGUCCGCACAGUGGAUAAGUCUCUCUUGUACUCUGACCUCUCCAACAUAGCCCAAGCACUUAUUAUUCCUGGGGAGGCUACUCACAUGGCUCCUGCCAAGUACGGUGCCUUAGCAGUCGUUCUGACAACAUGUGGGCUGCUGUUAUUGGUUGCUUCUUGCCUUAUUGUAAGCACCGUUCUAUGGACUUCGAAGAAAAAGAAGAAAGUAGCAAUUGAUGAAGCCAUACUAUCACAUUCAGAUUCAGCAUUGGCAGUUUAGGCGUUUUCUUCUUUUGAAGUUUAGUUGUUGUUUAGUCAUGUCCGACUCUUCGUGAUCCCAUGGACCAGAGCACGCCGGGCACUCCUGUCCUCCACUGCCUCCCGCAGUUU